CUCGGCUCUGUCACUGGACGGCGAUCCGGUGGAGCCGAGGUCGCCGCUCCUUCGGCGGAUCCCGGCUGUCGCCUCGGCACCUAGCGAUCGAUCUCGACGUUUGGAACUAUCGCUUAGGUUUGCCGCUGCGGCGAUUUCUGGCCUCUGGCAGCUUAGAAGUUGAUGGUUGUCGAUUCAGUAUCUUCUCCUCGAAGGAGAUCACAGCCAGCAAAUUUCAUCGCAUCCUUGUCUAAGAAGCAAGCGUCAGCCCCCGACGAGUCUGGUGCCUGGUCUAUUCUCUUCAGCCGGCACAGGUUCUUCUCGACGUUGCUGUCACUUUGGGGCCUACAAAUACAUCCUCCGGAAUGGCCAGAGCUGAAAAGGCUCUUUAUGAGGCCAAAGCUGCUUCUUUGUAAAGGCUCACAACUUACAAACUCAAGUUCUUUUGAUCUUUUUUUACCAGACCCUGGCCAAAGUGCAUUCAAGGGCACGAGGUCGUCACAUGAGCAUGAGCUGAACCAAAUCGGAUUACGGCAAAACGGGUGGCUCUCCUCUGCUUCACUCGCUAAACAUAUCGAGCCAUCGCGGGCGCCGCUAUGACGCCUCUCCGCCGCCGAGAUGCCAACCUCCGUUAAGCUUUCUUUGGCACCGUCUACCGCCACCGCCUGCCUCUUCUCCCGCUGCUAUUCAUUCCCUAGGCGCGGGAUUAGGGCUUCCACGGCGACGAUGGGCACCGCCGUGGCGCCCGCGGUGAUCGUCGGCGGAGGGAGGGUCGGCCAGAUGCUGCGAUCCCUGGGAGACGGUCGUGACGCUGUCGUAGGAAGGGGUCAGCCGGUGCCCGCCGAUUUUCAAGGCCCGAUACUCGUUUGUACCCGCAACGAUGACCUCGAGGCCGUCCUUGCUUCCACCCCUCGCUCCCGGUGGAACGAUUUGGUGUUCUUCCAGAAUGGUAUGCUUGAACCGUGGCUCGAAAGCAAGGGAUUGGGUGAUGCAGAUCAGGUCUUGGCGUAUUUUGCUGUGUCGAAGCUCGGAGAAGCUCCGGUUGAUGGGAAGACUGACACUAACCCUGAAGGGUUGACAGCAGUAUUCGGCAAAUGGGCAUCAGCGAUAGCGGCACGUCUCCACGGUGGUGGCCUUUCUUGCAAGGUCCUUGAAAAGGAAGCUUUUCAGAAGCAAAUGCUGGAGAAGCUGAUAUGGAUCUCGGCUUUCAUGCUUGUUGGAGCUCGUCAUCCAGGAGCUACUGUUGGUGUCGUUGAAAAGGAAUAUCGCACUGAGGUAGAAAGCCUCAUUGCGGAACUAGCAUCUGCUGCUGCUGCAGAAAAAGGAAUAACAUUUGAAGGAGGAAUGGUAGACAGGCUAUGUGCUUAUUCCAGGGCAGUUGCACAUUUUCCAACUGCUGUUAAGGAGUUCAAGUGGAGGAAUGGCUGGUUUUAUUCGCUCACGGAAAAGGCACUAGCAGAAGGAAAGCGAGAUCCAUGCCCUCUGCAUACAGCUUGGCUCAAGGAAAUCAAUAUCAUUUAGACGGAAACUAUACGAAGAUCAUUUGUUUCAUGUCAAGUAUCAUAUAAGAGAUUAUGCACAAUUGAAUAAACAAUGCUCUCAUCACUUGGAAUUGAGCUUGUUUUUUCCCCAAUCCUAACCAUUUUGGCGUAA